GAUUGAUUUUAAUUAUUUUAUAAGCAGUAGUAAAAUAGUCAUACAGCUAUUAUACAUACUGUAUAAUACAGUAAAUUAGUAAAAUUUAAUUAAAUAAUUUAAUUUUUUUAAAAAUGAAAAGUAAAAUCAUUGGCAAUGAAAAUGGCGUACAAAACGAUUUUAAUAAUAAUGGCUUCAGUAAUGGCCAACAAGUAAAUGUUUUUCAUACCAAUUCUGUUAGCAAUGGUCAGGUAGUAAACAGAGCUAACGGUGCAAAUGGACUGGACGAUAAAGAAGCACAAUUGACUCGAUUGUCUCAGUUAUAUAGAGAUCUAUUGGAAACUAUUGGAGAAAAUCCCGAAAGAGAGGGCUUACUUAAGACACCGGAGAGGGCGGCAAAAGCACUGUUGUAUUUCACGAGUGGAUAUCAGCUUAAACUGAAUGAUAUUUUGAAUGAAGCGGUCUUUGAUGAGRACACGGAUGAAAUGGUUAUCGUUAAAGAUAUUGAAAUGUUUUCAUUUUGCGAACACCAUUUGGUACCCAUCUAUGGAAAGGUAUCUAUAGGUUAUCUGCCCAACAAUAAGGUACUGGGAUUAAGCAAAUUGGCCAGAAUUGUGGAAAUGUAUGCGAGAAGACUGCAAGUUCAGGAAAGACUAACUAAACAAAUAGCCGAAGCACUGGUCGAAGCCAUUAAUCCGUCCGGAGUUGGUGUUGUGGUUGAGGCCAACCACAUGUGUAUGAGCAGUCGUGGGGUACAGAAAAUCAAUAGCAAAACUAUAACCAGUUGUAUGAUCGGGCAGUUUAGAGAUAAUCCUAAAACUAGACAAGAGUUUAUGUCAUUAAUAUGAAUUAAAAGAUCUUUUAAGAGAUGUGUUGAAGAUUUUAUUUUAUAAUUUUAUUUCUAAUAAAAAUAUUUAUUACAAAAUUUAUAAAAAUUAUUAAAUAAAAUGUAUU